AGGAACCAAACGCAGCCACUCUCUCACCGAAACGACCCAAAACUCUUUCACUACUACCAAAGUCAUCGUUGAGUUCUGCGUUGUCCAUUCUUAUUCUUAUUCUUCUUCUUCUUCUUCUCAUUCUCAAGUCUCAACAAGAGACGUCAACGAAGAGAUCCUCUCGAAGAAGAGCAAAAAGUGCUGACAAACAAUGGCUGCUGCUUCGGCUGCUCUGAUCAAUCCGCUGACACCCUCUCUUUGCAACUCCAAAUCUGAGAUCUUUGCGGACUCUUCUCGGACUUUGAAACAAGCCUGGGUGGGCCAGGCUAUGUCUUUGAGGUUGAGGAACAAGAAUUUUGGCAGCAGGAGGCUGCCUUCAGGUUGCUCUGUCGUGUGCAAGGCCGUCUCUGUGAAGCCCCCAACAGUGAUCGAAGGUCUAAACAUUGCCGAGGAUGUUACUCAGUUAAUUGGAAAAACCCCAAUGGUUUACCUGAACAGCAUUGUGAAGGGGUCUGUAGCCAAUAUUGCUGCCAAGCUUGAGAUCAUGGAGCCAUGUUGUAGUGUCAAGGACAGGAUUGGUUACAGUAUGAUAAUUGAUGCAGAACAAAAAGGACUGAUAACACCUGGAAAGAGUAUUCUGGUUGAACCAACGAGUGGAAACACAGGCAUUGGUCUUGCAUUUAUUGCAGCUUCAAGAGGAUAUAGACUCAUCUUAACAAUGCCAGCAUCAAUGAGUUUAGAAAGAAGGGUUCUUUUGAAAGCAUUUGGGGCUGAGCUUGUAUUGACUGAUUCAGCAAAGGGAAUGAAGGGAGCAGUUCAAAAGGCUGAAGAGAUUUUGAAAAGCACACCAAAUGCCUACAUGCUUCAGCAAUUUGACAAUCUUGCUAACCCCAAGAUACACUAUGAGACAACUGGACCAGAAAUCUGGGAAGAUACACGAGGCAAGGUGGAUAUAUUCAUAGCAGGCAUUGGAACUGGUGGGACCAUUUCUGGUGUUGGCCGGUUCCUCAAACAGAAAAAUCCUAAAAUAAAGGUAAUUGGCAUAGAACCUUUAGAAAGCAACAUACUUUCAGGUGGAAAACCUGGUCCUCAUAAAAUUCAAGGAAUUGGAGCUGGUUUUGUGCCCAGGAAUUUGGAUCAAGAACUGGUUGAUGAAGUCAUAGAGAUAUCUAGUGAAGAAGCUGUUGAAACUGCAAAGCAGUUAGCACUCCAGGAAGGCUUGUUGGUGGGGAUCUCUUCUGGGGCAGCAGCUGCUGCUGCACUGAAGGUUGGGAAGAGACCUGAGAAUGCAGGGAAGCUCAUUGCGGUUGUGUUUCCCAGCUUUGGCGAACGAUAUCUGUCCACUGUUCUUUUCCAGUCGAUCAGGGAAGAAUGUGAGAAAAUGCAACCCGAGCCUUGAAUCAUGUUUUUUCUAUGUAUCUUCACAUUUGCCCUAUCAUCCGUAGUGUGCACCAUAGAUGUGAUCUGAGUCUUAACAACUGCGAUUGGUUUGCUCCUCUAUGAAUGGUAAUUGCCUGGAAAUUGUGUACCCCAGUGGAUGGUGUGCUUGAAUCUCUUCUUCUAGUCAAUUACAUUGGUUCUCAAUACACAGAAUAAAAGUCCCCAUUUUUCCAA